AUGUUAAGAGAAGGCCACAGCGCUUCAGGGGCUGCCAGCAGCUCGCAGGAGCAGGAACAGCAGCAGGUGACUGCGCCUUCGGGCAGCUUCCCCCAAUCCAGCGUGAAUCUGUCGUCCGAUGUUCUGUCGAAUCCGUCGCUUCUCACUCGCAUCGAACUCUUUUCUACGCGUAUUCCGGACUUCUAUAUUGCACCUUUUUGCGGUGCCAGUGCCGGUGUCGCCUCUGGCAUCGUGACGUGUCCGCUCGAUGUGAUCAAAACCAAAUUACAGGCUCAGGGAGGGUUCGUCCGACGAGGAGGCAAAGUGGUCGAGCCCAAGACGUUAUACCGAGGUAUGCUAGGGACUGGAAGGGUGAUAUGGCGCGAAGAUGGUAUUCGAGGCCUCUAUCAAGGGCUGGGACCCAUGCUUCUCGGGUACCUGCCUACAUGGGCGGUCUACUUGGCAGUUUAUGAUCGUUCGCGCGAAUAUUUUUACGGAAUCACAGGUUGCUGGUGGCUUGCGAGAGGGUAUGCGUCAAUUACGGCCGGCGCCUGUUCGACAAUUGUCACCAAUCCGAUUUGGGUGAUCAAGACCCGGCUCAUGUCCCAAAGUCUCAAGUCGAGCAGUGAAGGUUUCCGAGCGCCGUGGCAGUACGCCAGCACUUGGGAUGCGGCGCGCAAGAUGUACAAGACUGAAGGCAUUCGCUCUUUCUAUUCUGGACUCACACCCGCGCUGUUGGGGUUGACCCAUGUCGCAAUCCAAUUCCCACUCUACGAGUACCUGAAAAUGGCUUUCACCGGCUACGGAAUCGGCGAGCACCCAGAUAACGGCACAUCUCAUUGGAUUGGAAUAUCUUGCGCCACAUUUAUGAGCAAGAUUUGCGCCAGCACCAUCACAUAUCCGCACGAAGUGCUCCGGACGAGGCUUCAAACACAGCAACGAACGGCCCCCGCGACAUCGCCAGAAGAAAUCAGUUUCCGUGGAGGGAUAGAUCACCCACAGGACCGUGGGAGGCCGCCCGGAGCCGCCUCAUCAGAUGGCAUGCCUAACCGUCCUCGCUAUACCGGAAUCAUCCGUACGUGCCAGACUAUCCUGCAGGAGGAAGGCUGGAGGGCUUUCUAUUCAGGGAUCGGCACCAACCUGUUUCGAGCGAUUCCGGCCGCCAUGACUACCAUGCUGACGUAUGAAUACCUACGGAAGCUGAUUGGACACCUGCAACAUGAAGGUGCAUUGAAACGGCAGAUGGCCGAGGAAGCAGAAAUGGAGAAUGGGAUUUAA